UAAAUGCUUUAAGGAGGGAUGAUAAUACAGAACUGUCAGUUUUCUCUGGCCUUUGCUUUGUUGGUAACCCUGAGACCGGGCGCUGCCCUGCCCUCAUGAGCCAUUACCCAGUGAGUAAAACUCUUCCUCUGGGUCUGCGUAUUGAGUGUCUUUUAACAUGGAUGACCUAGGUGUGCGGCCAGCUUCCUCUCAGCAGAUCCUAACCCAGGGUGUUCACCUUCGCAGGUGUGGGAAGAGAGGAGAGAGACCUGAGAGUGGGGCCGGCUGUAGGGAGGCAUCCCCACAGUGAAGGAUGCUUGAAGAAUCAAUCUUGGCUGCCCUGGAGCAGGAGCAGCUGGGGGAAGUCAAGUUGGAGGAGGAGGAGGCUGCCAGCCCAGAGGACCCCAGGCGGCCAGAGUCCAGGCUGAGGCCCGAGGUGGCUCACCAGCUGUUCAGAUGCUUCCAGUAUCAGGAGGACAUGGGGCCACGGGCAUCCCUGAGCCGGCUCCGGGAGCUCUGCGGCCACUGGCUACGGCCGGCUCUGCACACCAAGAAGCAGAUCCUGGAGCUGCUGGUGCUGGAGCAGUUCCUGAGUGUGCUGCCUCCGCACCUCCUGGGCCGCCUGCAGGGGCAGCCACUCAGGGAUGGGGAGGAGGUGGUGCUGCUGCUGGAGGGCAUCCACCGGGAGCCCAGCCACACGGGGCCGCUGGUGAGAGGGUGGGGCAGUGGACUGAGCAGUAUACAGAUGAUGGGGACUUGA